CCUUCUCAGCAGCUUUCGCACCACCCUUCUCGAAUUCCAUCUCAAGUACCAUCGCAUCAUCCGUCGCAUACACCUUCGUACCAACCUGUGCAUGUAUCCACUCACCAGCCCUCUCAUGUUCCUUCUCAGCGUCCCUCCCAUGUACCUACUCACCAACCAUCUCACGUACCUUCUCAAUAUCCGUCGCACGCUUCUUCUCUUCAUCCUCCGCAAGCACCUUCCCUUCAUCCACCACAAGCACCCUCCCUGCAUCCAUCGCAUGUGUCUUCGCAUCACCAGCAACCAUCCCAUCCUCCG